AUGCACGACUCGCUCCGGCUUUCGAAGAUGCACCGGCUGCCUCUCCGGCUGAAGAUUGCGGCGGAAAAAGCGCUCAGUCGCGGGCCUGGAAUGAUGGCUGGGCUGGACGUGCUCGCCGCAACAGACACGAAGGAGCACGGCGCGCUUCUCCUACCAGUCUUCUACGCACUCCUUGAUACCGCUAUUCUCCCUGAACUCCGAGCUACCGGUUUUGUGGAAGGCAAUCGGGACGCCACCCAGACCUAUGCGACAUGUGCGUUGCGGGGCAUCGACGGAAUGCAGCGCGUCACACAUGCGAUCACGGCAACCGCGCUCCCCGCUAUAUGGCGCCGCUGCUGGGCGUGGGUCGACUUCCUGACCGAGUAUACACCCGUUCUCUCCCUCCCGUGGUCGCGCACGGACACUGCGACCCGGCCGGGCGCACUGCCGGCGCUCUGGCUGCGCAUCUUCACACAUUUCCUGGACCAUUGCGUUGCGCUGAAAAGCGCUGUCUUUGGAGAGACGCGGGGAUUCCGCGUCAUGGUCGGGGAGGCUUGGGCGCAUUUCGUGCAUGCGGACCCCGACAAUGCGGCAGGCCUGCGGAAUGUCGCGGUGACGCUGACGCUCAUCAUGAACUCUCCGGACGCAGACGUCGUCAAGGACGUUGCAGAGGGCGCCGGAGGGAAGCGGGCGCUGGCCACGCUCAUUGUCCAUGACCUGUACAACGAAUGGCCAGACGCCAAGCCGGCAACGUCCGCAAGUUUCCGCCGCGCCGCCAGCCUCUUUGCCUUCAUGCGACUCGCGCUCGAUCACGGUCUGACCGCGGCACUCCAAGAAGAAGAAAUUGUCGCCGCGCUGACCACCGCCUGCACCUCUAUGAGUGUAGCGACACCUGGGGACGGAAUGCGCGCCGAGCUCAUGUACGAUGCGCUAUCGCUCCUUGUCCGGGUGCUCGAUGGGCCGUGGCCGCAGGUCCGCGCGGCGGAGGCUAUCGAGGAAGGGCUCUUCGCUGUCCUGCAUACGAUGACCCGCUGGGCGUCGCCCGCGAACACGACGCUGAUGCUUAAACUGUUCCGCGAUACGCUCCCCCCGCUGCUACCGCUCCGCCCCGUGGCUGCAGUGCUCCAGGAGGCCCUCCUCGAGGUGCGCGAUCUGGACUCGGCGUUCUGCAUCCGCUCGCCUGAACUCUUCCGCGCGUGGGAACGGCUGAGUGAGCAGGCGGUCACGCGCGUCGUGCUGUUCAAUGCUUACAAGGAUAGAGGCUCCCAAACCGCACUUGUAGCGUGCUCCAAUCUCGAGUGCUGUAACAUUUGGGAGCGGCACGCGAUGAAGCAGUGUGCGGGGUGUCGUCGCCGACUAUACUGCUCCAGAUUGUGUCAGCGACAGGACUGGCGCUACGGAAAACACCGUCGAUACCCGAUCGUACGUGCCACAGAUUUCAAAUACCCACUAGUAUUUAUAACCGCCGCAGCACGGGACAUCCUAGCUCACCACGCCGACCGAGAGUUUGCAAUUGCCGUCCUGAAUCACGAGUACCGAGUGCAGCGGUCCUCUCUUGCAACCCACAUCCUUCGCUGGCUCCUCACGAACCGCAACCCGAACAGUGAGCUGGUGGUUCGGUGGGCGUACCGCUACGAGAACUUCCAGGCGAACAACGACCGCUUCCUCGUGGCGAAUACGACUGUGAUCGCCCUCCAGAUGACACCCUACGCGGGGUUCUACGGCUCGCCCGGCAGCGGGACGCCGAUGCGUCGCGCAUUUGAUGCUGGCCGCGUUAUGCUGCAUGUACUCGACCUGAACAUUCCGACUGCCGCACACGACACGCGCUCGUAUGCGCUGCUGCUUCACUCGGCCACCGGCACACUGUUUGCUGGACUACGCCGGCUGGGCGCGGACAUCAUGGCCGCCGGCGGCUCGGCAGCGGACGUGGAGAGUUAUGCGCCGCAGAUUGCCGCGCUUGUCGAGCAGGACGCGCUGGUCGCGCAUUCUGCUGUGUGGGAUUUGCAACCAGUCAGCGCCGCGCACACGCUGAUGCACACUCUCGGCAUCAUUAUAUAG